AUGUUUCUAGCACAAAUUCGCUUGGCUGCCGCGCCAAAACUAGAAUGUCAGGCUGGCCUUCUAAGACUUAUCGGUGGAGACUCUGUCACGCCGAGGAUGGAGAAAAAAUCGGAGAGCUCAACUCAAAACCAAGAGAAAGCUGAGGUUCUGGGUCAACCGGUGCAAAAGACAACUUUAGAAAACAGGAUAGAAAUGUGGAGCGUGGAUACUCGUCCAGCUUUUGCUGCUGAAGAUCAAUUGACACAUUAUCGAACGAUGCUUAAAGUUGGAGUCCCUCGUCCUGCUGUUGAGAGGCAAAUGCUCAAGAAUGGAAUCAAUCCUGCUGAAUUAAACGGUCCAAAUUUGAAAGGGAACAUUUGUAUCGAGAAGUGCCCUCAAACAGAGUCGGAUGCUGUUGUGGUGGCUAAAACAAUGCGUCGCAGAUGGCACUGGAAUGAAGCUUUGAAACCUGAUGAAGCUGCUUUGACAAAGGAAAAAUCGGUUUGGACUCAGUGCAGGAAAGAGGACGCACAGCGGCGAGUCUCUGUUUUGUCUCAGGCUCGCAUUCACGAGCUCUUUGUGAAAGAAAUUGACAAUUCGGAGACCGACGAACGUGAUUCACUGGCUUCGUCAACUAGUGAUACUGAUCUUUUUGUAGCCACGGAGCAUCCUUUUCCAUCAGCAAGAACAGAGAAGGUGCGAGUGAUGAAAGGAACUAAAGGCACGAACCUUGAAUUUGUCGUAAGACGUCUCAAGAUUCCUUUCGCCCAGGUGGCGAAAGAUAUAAACAUUCUGACGGCAAUGUAUCUGCAAGAUACAGAUAUUAAAACAAUGUUGGCCAUGUGGCCCAGUGUGGCUGAGCAAGUUGUUCUGGAUGAAUUUUCGGGAGAAUUUGACUUGUUAGGACGUUGUGAGCAGUUCUUGGUUAUGAUUCGUAAGGUUCCGAUGGUGAAAGAAAAGCUCCAAUGUCUCCUACUAAAACAAGAACUUCGUUCGCGAGCUGAAGAUCUGAAACAGUUGGUGGAUUUAGUGACUCGAGCUUUGAAUCAGAUUUGCUCGAGCGCAAAAUUUGGUCGAGUGAUCAGGCUUCUUCGUGAUUUUGGUAAUCUAGCAAAUGAAGAACACGUGACGAAUUUUCGAGCAACGUUCUCAUUGCAGUCGCUAUUAAGUUUGAAUCACACAAAAGCAUUUGAUCAAAAGACUACGAUUUUCGACGGGUUUUUGUAUCUCCUACAGACGGAACAUGAUGGAGAUCUUGCAUAUUUCUACGACGAGAUAAAUCUCAUAGUUCAGUGCAAGGGCGUUUCUGUCAGCGGUCUACUAUCCGAGUUCACCCAGCUUCAAGAAAGUCACUUUCUUGUCCAAGCUGUUGCCAAAGCAAGCAGCACUUCGUAUGACGAUGAUUCAAAACUUGCUCACGAUGCAUUCAAUCAAUUUGCUGAUGAAAUCAAUGACACGUUGUGUGGUGUGCAAGAAAGCUUCGACAACAUGGAAGCGAGCAAACGAAAAUUUGUGUCCUGGUUUGAAGAGAAUCCAAACGUACCAUUAGACCAGCACCUGAAGGCCAUAACUCAGUUUGCUUCUGACGUUAAAAACAGAUUCGCUGUUCUGAACAGUGCAUUGCGACAGUGUCGAAAUUAA